UUAUUGUAUGUGAAAAUCUUCUACCGUCUGUGCGAAGAAACAACUGUUGGUCUUGUACAUUUUCCUGAAACACCAACAGGUGCACAUUUAACUGAUAUCGUUGAACGUCAUGGAAUUUGUACAACAAAUUCCCAGAUAAAUGCCAAACCAUUAGGCUUUUGCAAAGGAAAUGGAGAAUGGGCCUUUCAAGAGACAUCAUUACGUGAUAGUUGUCAUUGUCAAGAUGGUUACGAACUUCUUAUUGAUAAUAAUAAUCAGAUGAAUAAUGGUCUUCUACCUCGUGCCAUUUGCAAGGGUAAGUACAUAAAUUCUCUCUGAGAUUAGAUCAAAUUAGUUCCAUUCAAAUCAUGUCAUUGAUGGAGUUGCUCGAUAUAAUAGGUAGUUGAAACUUGUCAAAAUAACAUGUCUCAUUUACCCUUGAGGAUAGUAAAUAUACAUGCGUACAUACCCAUUCAGGUGACCUUCUUUCUAAUUCAAUAUGCGUGUAUGAACAUUCAUUGUCGUUGAAUUGUCUAUCCAUAUAAUUAACUUUGACUACUGUCCCUUAUUUCUUUCUUUUUUCUCAUUUUACAGCAGAAUGGAAACGGUCGACAUUCAUUCACCUGUCGCACACCUUUUCAUCC